UAUUUUUCCAGACGCGAACGCAAUCCAAUGCCAGAUUGGCGUUCGCAAUUUGAGGAACAUUACUCCCAGUAUUUGGAUUCAGCACUUGUCUUGGCCAUUGUCAACGACUGCGAAAACACCAAUGAUGCUCGAGAAGUAUUGGAAACGCUGAAAAAUGACGGCCAAUGUUUGUCUCAUGAAGAUGGAUGGAAUCAAUCCCAGGCAAAGGAGGAAGAAAGUGCGAUUUUGCAAACAUUAGACGAUGAGUUAAAUGCAGAGCACGAGGUUGACUAUUCGGAAGAAUUGAUAGAUUGUCCUUAUGAUUUGGAUGGAACAGUAUACAACUUUUUGCGGUCCAUGUUUCAUGGUAUUGCUCCACAACGAGUUCAAUACGUCCUUUCCAAAUGUGGAAAUGAUCUUACGCGCGCCAGUGAUGAAUUGUUAAAUCAGGAAGUACUCGAAAAAGAUGAAGGACUUGGAAAUGCUACUGAUGCUCUUUUUGCGGCUCCAAAUGCCUCUCAUCGUUCACGACAACGUAAACGAAAAACCAAAAAACCUAAUGCUUCGCGAAGAGCCCUCUCGAUGCGCGAUCUGAAUUCAGAAGAAAAUCACUCAGAGGUUGAAGACGAACUAGUACAGUUCACAGUUCAAAAGCUUUCUUUCUGGGAAAGAAACCAACAGCUUUUUGAAAAGAUAUCUUCAAUUUUGGAUAUCGCGAACUCUCGAGUAAGCCAUGAAUUUUAUAAAAACUCUGGAUCUUUAUACUUUACGGUAAACGCUUUGCUACAAAGUCAUCCUCUGAAGACGCAAAUCUUUGAGAAAUCUUGUGAAGAUAAUGCAUCUGAACUGUCAAGGAACACUGGUCUUUCGCUUCAAUUCUGUUGUGAGCUUUUAACCUGUUGCAAAGACUUGCAAGGUGCAAGAUGGAUUGCUUAUGCUGUGAAACAAUCUCACCCAAAAGAUACUUCCAAACUAGAGCUCGGUCUACGUGCUGGCAACGAAAAACUCAACAUAAGCACUCCUUUUGCUUUAAAGCAUAAUUUGCCUGAAAGAGACAAUGAGACGGAAGCAUACUCGACAGAAGACUGUAACCGUCUGGCGGAUGAAUAUUUAGAGUGUCGAAACGCUGAAUAUGCUGCUUCGGCCAGGGAUUACCGGCGAAGCAAGAGUGACCGAUUGCUUGGCGGAUCAGCAACAUACCAUGCUCAAGUUGGAAGAGAGUAUCAUGAAAAAGCUAUGAAAUGGCGAGGAUUAGCCAUGAGAUCUUUGGUUCAGACUGGAACACCAUAUUCAUUAGAUUUGCAUGGCGCAACUGUUCGUGAGGCUAAGGUUAUCGUGGAAGAAAGGAUUUCAAGUUGGUGGGCAAAAGAAGCAGAUUCUUCUCCAAAUUGCAUACAUCCUUUUAGAAUUAUUACUGGAAUUGGUAAUCAUAGCGUAGGCAUGGAGGCGAGACUUUUACCCUCCAUCGUACGAUGGCUACAGCAGAAUGGUUGGAGGUUUGAAGUAAAUCAUGGUCAAGUAGAGGUUUAUGGUGCUAUUCGCAAAAAAGUAAAAUAAGAGCAUACAUCCCAGUGGGAUUUUGGAAAUUUGGUCUUUUUGUUGCAUGCAUGCAUGCAUAAUAAGAUUGUUUUGGUUUAUAGUAACGUUAAAAUUCGAUUAAAAUUUAUUUUGAGCCUAUUUAAUUUGAUUGAAACUCAUCAUAUUAGAAAAAUUCUUCAUGUACUAUAAAAAUUUUACAAGCUAUACUAGUGUCGUUAAUGAAUCAUUAAAGCAAGGAAA